ACGGCUGAACUUUAAUGGCAUGCUGUUGCUUCCCUUCAGGAAUAGGUUGUAACUAUGGGAGCUGUAGCGCUUUGUGUGUAUUUAAUUUUGAUGACUUUAGUGUGGUCUGGGCACUCAGUGGAGAAUGAAGGACCUGGACUGUCUCCAGUUUAUUCGAAGGCUGUUUAUCAGGAUGUUUGGCCUGACUUCUCUAUGCUGACUGGUGGGGUUUUUGGGAAAUCUCUGCUGCAGCCAGUUGGUUUACAUGAGCUUGGUUCUAGUUAUCCAGUUCCUUUCCAUCCUUGGAGCUUCAUGGACCCAGGAACACGCUUUAGUAUUAAGGCCGUGAACUCAACUUUAAAUGGUCAGGCUGGGACUAAUGUCUACAGAAGAGGAGAGCUGGUGUACCUGCAAGUGUCCUCCUCCAGCUUGCCUGGCCAAGAGCUUUAUCUUCAGUCCUGCUAUGCCACUUCAACUCCGAACCACAACGAUAAGUCCACACUUGCGCUCAUUUCUAACAAAGGAUGUGUCUCCUCGAAACAGUCUGUGGUGAAGUUCGUCUCCAGACAGAGUGACGUGGUUAACUUUGUCUUGGACACUUCCAGUCUAAAGUUCUCUCAGAUUUAUGUUCACUGUGUUGUGGCCCUCUCUGAUCAUGGACUGACUCCAGACACCAAGUCCUGCAACUACGUAACUGACAAAUUCAGGUGGGUGGAGUUGGGUGGCCGGACUGACGUAUGUGAAUGCUGUGCAACAAAAUGCAGAUACCCCUCUGAAUAUCCGGCUUCUUUUGGUGAGUUCAAAGCAGUGGUGAGCACUGGUCCACUAUCAAUCAAGGAACAGGAACUUGAGAAGCAGCCGCUGACUGGCAGAACUCCCACCAUUUCCAAUAGAAGACCCUGGAUCUUGUCUGGUGCGUCUCCAUCAGGAGCAUUGACCUCUUCAACUGGAAAGGGUUGGAUUGUCUCUGGAGCAUCUGUGUCUGGCAGCCCUAAGGUCAACCGCUCCCCCUGGCAGACAUCACCUGUAACUGCAGAUUUGGCUGUAGGCCGAGGCCUAGGAGAUGCUUUGUCACUCUUGCUACCAGGGCUUAUGAUGGGUGUUCAGUCUAGCCCAGUCAUUGAGAUAGAAAUUGGCUAUCCUCAGAGGAAGGGUAGAGCUGAUCUUCUAUCCGGUCAAAGCAGCGUUCCAGCUGAUGUGUUUUGGAGGAAACCAGAAGCCAAAUUUGAAGCAAGUCUGCAGAGAGAAGAUCCACAGCAGGUGUUUCCAGCAGUUAAACCUGCAUAUCAAGAACUUUUGGGCAUGGCUGAUGGGUAUCCUCUGGCUGAUGCCCCACAUUUACCGAGUGGUGGACACUAUGCAGAAGCUCCUCAGCCACCUUUGGAGAGCCUUCCUGACAAGCCUGAGGAGGAACUGAGGGGUGAUGUGUUCACAAAUUUUAGAGAGCCACAGCUGGAGAAGGUUUCCUCAGGCGAGAACUCUGUUGCUUCUAUGUAUGAUGUGCAAAAAAGUGAUGUUCCAGAACUGAUUGAAGACCACGAUGAAGGUGAUGUUCUGGUUGUCUCUCACACAGAACUCUUGUUUAAAAAGGCUAAUGCAGAUGUACUGGAUAAGCCUGAGUUUCUGAAGAAGUCAGAGUUGACUUUUAAGGGAGUUUCUGAUGAAUCAAGCUCACUUGACUAUGCAGAAGAGCAGGGGACGCCUGGUUUGGAUGAUCGGGAGGAGUCGGCAAAACUGAGUGCUAAGAAAGAACUGGUGUCCUCCCUGAUGGCGCUAAUGAGGAAGCUGAAUAAGAUGUUGUGACCUGACUGAAGUACUGCUGUACAACCAUGAAAGCUUAAACUGUGUAAAUAAAAUGCAAAUUUGCAAACUCA